AUGCCCUCCAAAGAGUCUUGGUCAGGGCAAAAAGCUAAUAGAGUUGCUGUUCACAACUUGAAACAGGAGAACCGUCAAAGAGAUUUAUUGAUAGCAGCCUUGGGAAUGCGGCUAGGCUUGCAGAAGUCAUCUGUGACAAUCUGGCAACCUCUUAAACUCUUUGCUUAUUCACAGCUGACAUCCCUUGUCAGAAGAGCAACUCUGAAAGAAAACGAACACAUUCCAAAAUAUGAGAAGGUUCACAGUUUCAAGGUUCAUACCUUCAGAGGUCCACAUUGGUGUGAAUAUUGUGCCAACUUCAUGUGGGGCCUCAUUGCUCAGGGAGUGAAAUGUGCAGAUUGUGGCUUAAAUGUUCAUAAACAAUGCUCCAAAAUGGUCCCGAAUGACUGCAAGCCGGACUUGAAGCAUGUUAAGAAAGUGUACAGCUGUGAUCUCACUACGCUGGUAAAAGUACACUUAACAAAGAGACCAAUGGUUGUAGACAUGUGCAUUAGGGAAAUUGAGUCGAGAGGACUCAAUUCUGAAGGACUCUACCGAGUGUCAGGAUUCAGCGACCUAAUUGAAGAUGUCAAAAUGGCUUUUGAUCGAGAUGGGGAAAAAGCAGACAUUUCCGUGAAUAUGUAUGAAGAUAUCAACAUUAUCACUGGUGCACUUAAACUCUACUUCAGGGACUUGCCAAUUCCAUUAAUCACAUAUGAUGCCUACCCCAAAUUCAUAGAGUCUGCAAAAACCACAGAUCCUGAUGAACAGCUGGAAAUACUUCAUGAAGCACUGAAGCUACUGCCGCCUGCGCACUGCGAAACAUUACGCUAUCUUAUGGCUCAUUUAAAGAGGGUAACUCUCCAUGAAAAAAAGAACCUCAUGAAUGCAGAAAACCUUGGCAUUGUUUUCGGACCAACCCUGAUGCGAGCGCCCGGGCUGGAUGCAAUGGCUGCCCUGAAUGAUAUUCGUUAUCAGAGACUGGUGGUGGAGAUGCUUAUAAAAAAUGAAGAUAUUUUAUUUUGAACUUGGAGUACGUGUGCAAGUGUUUCUUAGCGGAUGGUGAGAAAAAUCAGAGGACUGUGAAUAAUUGAGCCAGCUCCUGCGCCUGAAUUUUUAUUGUGAGGUUGUGCUGUGUGAAAGGUGUUUCUUAUGUUGCUUUUGCCCAUACAGAAAAUAUUGGGGAGAGGUGAUCAUAUGCUCUGCUUCCCAGGAUUUAUCGCUGUGUGGGCUGUUUCAUCCUAGUCCAGAAUUUCUGUUAACCUGGUCUGCUCCUUGCUCACCUCUUUUGUGAGGCUUCUCCUACAAAGGGUAGAAGGAGAAGGAGUCAGCAUCUGAAUUCUGAAAUAGUUUGUGACUGUGAUUUAGCAUGUUUCUCAGUGUCAAUCUGUGGUGGUUUCCUGCUCUGUUUUGUAAAUGGUCUUUCAGAGGGGGAGGGGGGAACAAACUCCAGAGAACCAGAACCUCUAAGUGUUUAUUGACAUCUCCUGUCAUUCUUUUCCUACUUGAAGGAUAACUUUUGUUGGAUUUCAUCACAUUUAUUUAACUGCCAGAAAUGCAUUUUCAUGUAUUAGAAACAUACUCCGAUUGCCAUUUUAAGUAAAGCCUUUUAGUGUAUUUCCAGCUAGAGAUGGCAACAACUGAAUGAAUGAAAAUGGCUUUGUGGUUUUCAGUUGUCUUUUUGUACUUCUGCUGGGCAUGCAUAUUAAUUUAUUAAA